AAAUGAACCAUAGUUCAUCACCAAUCGUCUUUUUUUGCGUGAAAAAAAGGAAGUGAAGUUGAAGUUAAAAUUGUAUUAACGUUUACACGAAUUAAAAAUAUUAUUGCGUGGUCGCAUAAAAAUUCAUAACUAAAUUUGUGCCAUUCUUAGCGAAUUCCGUAAACGAGCUAUUGUCAAAAAAAUAUCCAAUUAAUUGUUCCAAAUGACGACGAUCCGCAAGAAACUGGUAAUUGUUGGCGAUGGUGCCUGCGGUAAAACCUGCCUACUAAUUGUCUUUAGCAAAGAUCAAUUUCCCGAGGUUUAUGUGCCAACUGUAUUUGAAAACUAUGUUGCUGACAUUGAAGUUGACGGCAAGCAGGUGGAGUUGGCUCUUUGGGAUACAGCUGGACAAGAAGACUAUGAUAGACUGCGACCGCUGAGUUACCCCGAUACUGAUGUAAUUCUGAUGUGUUUUUCGGUGGAUUCACCUGAUUCCUUAGAGAAUAUUCCUGAGAAAUGGACGCCAGAGGUUAAACAUUUUUGUCCAAACGUUCCAAUCAUUUUGGUGGGAAAUAAAAAAGAUUUGCGGAAUGAUCCAAACACAAUUCGGGAUCUCGCAAAGAUGAAGCAAGAGCCGGUAAAGCCUCAAGAGGGACGCGCCAUGGCUGAAAAAAUUAAUGCCUUUGCCUAUUUGGAAUGUUCGGCCAAAUCCAAAGAAGGUGUGCGGGACGUAUUUGAAACGGCAACCCGAGCUGCACUGCAAGUUAAAAAGAGGAAGAAGACCAGAUGCCUUUUGCUCUAAAAGAGCAAAAUACAAAAACACAAAGCAAAUCGUUUAACAAACAAGAAAAAUUCUUUACAUAUACACAAACACCACACACACAACUCACGCAUACACAUUUUACUACAAUAACCAGCUGAAAUAAAAUCGAUAUUCCGGCAGCCCAAGCAAACCUUCAGAUCGCAUUAGCGGUCCAAUCUGCUGCGGAUUUGAUUUCUCAUACAAAAUGUUUAUUCUUUGAAAGUAACAUCUAACUAACAUGAUAAGUAGUACACAUUAUUAUUUGUUCAAAGAAGGGGCCUCAAAAAUUAAUUAGAAAAAAAGAUCAACAGCUAAAUAUAUAUACAUAUAUCAA